GUUGCAUCCAUCGUCUCCAUCGCCUUUCCUUUCAGCCGAGACUCUGUCAAGCAUUCGCUACAUAACCCCAAUCUGCACUACCUGUAUCGCGUCAUACUAUUUUUCACUAAGCCCACCAUCAACGGCGUCAAGGACUUGAGAUGGGCUCUACAGCAGGGAAAAUCUGUUGAUACCACUAUGGAGGCGCCUCUCACUGAUCUUCUUUUCGAAAACUUGGUGGACUUGCUCUCUAGGGUGAUCGAUGGCUUAUCCGAGGUACCACCUAUCAUUCUCUCAAACCUACUUCGUUCCCCAGGCAAUCUCGACCUUCCAAUUGUCAAGUUGAUGGGCUAUCUUACAUACAAGGCCUUCCGAGCAAGGAUUGCAGCCCCGUCACUUGUUCCCCAGGUACUUGAACUCCAGCCUGGGACAGCCAUAUACCUGCUACUCCGUCCGUUCUGUCGCCACAAGAACCAACAGACUCCAAGAUGAAAAAGGAAUGGAAACGCAGAAUCAAAACGCAGAAUCAAGAUGUAUCGUACGCCCUUCUCUUUCUUGCGUAGGUUCCGGCUGUUUAUUCUAAUUCACACGUAUGUUGUCUACAGGAUCUAUUAAUCCUAAUUUAGAGCUAUAGGCAAAAUACCAUUGACAAGGCGAUGUCAUUCCGGGCAAAGGCGACCGACUUUCUGAAA